AUGAGACGAAAACAACCGGAACCAAAUCAACUACAUCCUAGAAUAAAUGAUGAACUAAACAAUUCUUUUAUAUAUAAUCAUUCAAAUAAAAGUGAUCAUUCAAAUGGUUCACCAACUCAGAAUAAUAGAAAAUCAUCAUCUUCAAUUUUCAGUUUAAGGCGAAAUAAAGUUAAAGAUAAAGACACAAAUGAUUUAUCAUCAAAUGAUUCUGCAAGUAUACUAACCUCAAGUACUCAUCAUUCUAAUCAUAGUGGAAGAACUCAUCAAGCUUAUCCGUCUAGAACAACAUCAAUUGCGUCACAGAGUACCAUACCGAAUCCUCAACCAUCUCUACAUAGUAGACAACCUUCAACUUAUAGUAUAUCGACUUCAAAUCCUUAUGAUUUAUCAAAACCAUAUCAAUCUAAUAAUUACCCUCAAUUAUCAAGAAAAUCAACAAAUUUAUCCAUAACAUCUAAAUCAAAAGACAUAUCAGAAUUACAAGAUAAUUUGGUACGCCCCGAAUCAGCAUUUGAAAUUGAAAAAAUGUAUAAAGAAUUAUUGGAAAAAUUAAACUACAAAAGUUUACCACCUGAUGUUCGAAGAAAUAUGAUGAAUUUUGAUAUUGAUAAAAAAUGGAUGAUGAUUGUACAAGAUAGAAAAGCAGAAAUUGAAAGACAAAAAAGACCAGAACAAGUUCUGCAAGAACAAUAUUGUAAAUUAUUGUUAUCAAAAAAAAUUUCGUCAGUUGAAUUAAAUAGUUUAUGGAUGCAACUACGAUCUGGUUCAGUUGAUUGGGCUAGAAAAUUUGUUUAUGAUUGUCAAGGUGAUACUUUAUUAUCUUCUUAUCUUAUGAAAUUACAUGAUGAAAUGGCAAAAAGUCAAGUACAUGAUUUAAAUGAAGAUAUUUUUUAUAAAGAAUCAAAUGUAAUGAAAGCUUUAAAAUGUAUAAUGAAUCAAAGAUUAGGGGCUGAAAGAAUUAAAACUGAUGCUGAAUUAUAUGUAAAUGCAGUAGCUGGUUCAUUAUUAAGUCCUAGUCUUUCAACUAGAAAACUAGCAUCUGAUGCAUUAGCAUUUAUGGCGACUUAUGAUGCUGAAGACAAUAGUAGAUAUCAUAAAAUUUUAAAAGCUCUUGAUUCAUUAGGUGAAAGAACAAGAUUUGAAUAUGAUUAUGAUGAGAUCACCAAAAAAUCUUCUGAAAAAUUGAAAAGAAAAGCACCAUCUACUAAUUAUAAAAGAUUUGAAGUUUGGAUACAAUCUGCAAUAUCUGUAGUUUCUAAAAGAGGUAGAUUUCCAAAGUCAAUGGUUGGUGCUGGAAAUGAAGUUAAACGAAAUAUUGGACUUUCCAACUCAGCAACAAAAUCAGAAAAUCAUUUAACUGAAUAUUGUGAAGCAACUGGCUUAUUAAUAGAUGUAAUAAUAUCAAAUGGCGCGGAUUGUAAAAUUAGAAUGAGAUUAAGAAAUCAAUUUAAAGUUGCAGGUGUUUUAAAAUUAUUUGAAAAUUUUAAAGAAUUGUAUAAUCCUGAUGUUGAACGACUUAUAACUAAAUUUUUUGAAGAUGAAAAACAAGAUGAAGAAGAAUUAGUAUUCAGAGGAAAUUUCGAUGAAAAUAUCAAUUUUUCAGAUCCAGUUGAUAUAAUACAAUCAUUAUGGAAUGGUAUUAAAGAUUCACAAGCUCAAGAUUAUUUCCUUAGUGCUGUACAAAAUUUAUAUCUUAAUCAAUAUGAUCAAAGAAAUAAUUCUCAAGAAGUAUUAAAUAGUAUGAGAAUCCUUGAUGGAUUAAUUCAAAAUAUAACUUCAGUAAGAACAACUAAUGAAGAAACAGCAAUAAAUGUAGCUAUACAUAAAUUAUAUUCAACAUUAAGUACUGAUGAUGAAUAUAGAAGAGCAUUAGAAGAAGCUAAAAAUUUUAGAAAAAUUGCUGAAGAAGCAACUGCAGAACGAGACGAUAUGUCAAGACAAUUAUCAAUGGGUGCUGAUAAUAUGAUUUCAAAUUUAAAUAAUGAAUUAAAAGAACGAGAUAUGAUUAUUCUGAGAUUUAGAAGAACCAAUGAAGAAAUGAAAGAAGAAAUUAAUGAAUUGAAAACUAAAUAUAUUAAAGAAAAACAGGAACUGGAAUUAGAAAUGAGAGAAUUAUUAAUUAUGUUAAAUAAUAAUGAAUCAAAUUUUGAAACUAGUAGAAAGGGAAAUAAAACAACCGUUUUGUUAAGUACAUCAAAUGCAGAAUUAGCUCAAAGAUUACAAAAGCAAAUUCAUCGUCGUCGUGCUGAAUUUAAAUUGGAUAAUAAACAAUUGGGCGGAACCCAAGUUGAACCACUGAGUAGAUUAAGAGCGUUAAGAGAUCAAAUGGGUGAUAUUGAAAAUAUGGCUAGAGAAUUAGAAAUGACUGAUUUUGAAACGUUUGUACAACAAGAAGAAGAACCUGAACAAGUUUCUGAACCUGAAAUUGUUGAAUUAUCAUCUGAAUCAGAAGAAGAAUCAAAAACUCCACCACCUUUAAUUUUGCCAACAGAUCCAAAAAGAGGAGUACGAAAUGAUGAUUUAAAUAAAUUGGAUAAUUUAAGAAAAAAACUUGCAAAUUUACAAAGUGAAUCUAAUGAUAUAAUGAAAUAUAAUAGUAGUUCAAUGUUUAGUAAACAAAAAUAUUUAGCAAUGGAAAGAUUACGAGAAUUAGAAAAUAAUUUUAAAGAUUUUAAUAUAGAUUUUGAUUUAGAAGGUGAUCCAGAUAAGGAAAAUUUUGAAUUUGUACCUUCAACUCCAAUUGAUGAUUCAAUGAAAGAUAAAAUUAAGGAAGAAUUAGAAGAAGUCGAAAAAUUAAGAAUUGAAUUAAGAAAACAAUUAGAUGCUGCUAAUAAAUUACAAUCACCAAAGAGAAAUUCAAUAAUGGAAAGAAUUGAAAAUAAAUAUGAAAAAGGUCAAGUUAAAGUUGAAACAAAUUCAGAAAUUGUUCAACCAACUAAAGAUCAAAAAAGAUCAAAUAGAAUGACUACAAUUGGUGCAAUGGAUCCAAAGUUUUUAAAAGAAUUAAGUUCUAAAGUUGAAUUAGCUGAACCUAUUAACAUAGAUGAAUCAGAAUCUGUAUCAAAAAUAGUUAUAGAAACUAAAGAUGAACCAAAACAAGAAAAGAACUCAAAUCUGCCACCCCCACCUCCAAUGAGAUCAUUACUUAAAUCAAAUUCAAUAGAAUCUACACCAUCAGCUCCUCCUCCUCCACCACCUCCAUUACCACCAAUACUAAACUACAAUUCAACAUCAUCUUUGGCGCCACCACCACCACCUCCACCUCCUCCAGGAUUUUUAACUAAUGGAAUACCACCUGCUCCUCCAUUACCACCACCACCAUCAUCAAAUAUACCAAAAAUAGCAUCACCAAUACCUACAUCAUCUAAUAGAUUUAGUCAUAUACCUAGACCCAAAAAGAAAUUGAAACAAUUGCAUUGGGAAAAAAUAGAUUAUGAUCAAACUUCAAAUUCAUUUUGGAAUGAUCCAAAAAAUAGUACAUUAGUUAGUGAUUUAAUGUCAAAAGGUAUAUUUGAUGAAAUUGAAGUUAUAUUUGCUGCUAAAGAAAUCAAGAAAUUAGCAACUAAGAAGAAAGAAGAUCUUGAUAAAGUUUCAUUUUUAUCUCGAGAUGUAGCUCAACAAUUCAGUAUAAAUUUACACUCAUUUAAUUCCUUAAGUGAUGAAGAAUUGAUUGCAAAAGUAUUAAGAUGUGAUAAGGAUGUACUUGAAAAUCUUGCAGUAUUAGAAUUUUUUAAUAAACCUGAAAUUGUUGAAGUUACAAAUACAUUGGCAAGAAAUUUCGAACCUUAUUCAAUUGAUUAUAAAGCUGAUGAUAUUUCCAAACCAGAUAAAGAUCCAAAUGAAUUACAAAGACCAGAUAGAAUAUAUUUGGAACUUAUUUAUAAUUUACAACAUUAUUGGAAAUCAAGAAUUAGAGCAUUAACAGUUGUUUCAAAUUAUGAAAAAGAUUAUGAUGAUUUAGUUGGUAAAUUAAGAUUAAUCGAUGAAGGAGUAGACUGUAUUAAGAACUCAAAACAUUUAAAAGGUGUAUUUGAAAUUAUAUUAACUGUUGGUAAUUACAUGAAUGAUUCAACAAAACAAGCAAAAGGUUUUAAAUUAAGUUCCUUACAAAGAUUAAGUUUUAUGAAGGAUGAUAAAAAUAGUAUGACAUUUUUACAUUAUGUUGAAAAAGUUAUACGAACACAAUAUCCUGAAUUUUUAGAAUUUCUUGAUGAAUUAUCUAAAUGUAAUGAUAUUAUAAAAUUUUCAAUUGAGAAUAUUUAUGAUGAUUGUAAAGAAUUUUCACAAUCAAUUAAAAAUGUUCAAACAUCAAUUGAUAUUGGUAAUUUAAGCGAUGUUUCAAAAUUUCAUCCAUUGGAUCGUGUUUUAAAAAUUGUAUUACCUGCAUUACCUAAAGCUAAAAGAAAAGGUGAAUUAUUAAUAGAUCAAGCAAAUUUUACACUUAACCAAUUUGAUAAUUUAAUGAUUUAUUUUGGUGAAGAUCCAACAGAUCAAUUUAUAAAAAAUUCAUUUAUUUCAAAAUUUACUAAUUUUAUGAAGGAUUUCAAACGUGCCCAAGCUGAUAAUUUAAAACGUGAAGAAGAAAUAAGAAUAUAUGAGCAAAGAAAGAAAUUAUUGGAAACUCCAAAGAAGGUAAGUGAUGACAAUUUGAAAAAUGAAGGUGAUGAAGAAAAUGUAAAUGGUGUAAUGGAUUCAUUAUUGGAGAAAUUAAAAGCACCGACUAAAGUAGAAACAUCAUCAGCAAGAAAACGAGCAUUUAUGAGGAAACAUAUAUUGGAUAAUCAAAGAAGACAACAAUCAGCAUCUCCAAUUAAAACUGAUUCAGAAGAUAGAAAUAAUGGAUCAAGUACACCGGACAAUUUGUUAUUAAAUGAUUUGGAACCUGAAAACAUAGAAGAUGGUGAAUCAAGAGCAAGAAAUUUAUUACAAGUGUUGAGAAAUGCUGAUGAUGAAGAUACAUCAGAUACAAAAUCAUCAGUUCAAAAAUUCAGACAAGAAAGAAUGAAGAAAAAAUUAAACAAUGCAAGUGAGAUCGAAACUACAAUUGAUGAAGAAUCUCAAGGUUGA